UGGAGGAAAGGGGAAAUUAGUGUCUCUCCUCAUCGGUCGGUUUCCACAGAGCGGGUUUGAUUUGCAGAAACUAGCAUCAGCGGAGUCUUUUCGUGGGGAAGCAAACAUCUUACAAUGACCGUUGGAGUGAUCGCUGACCUGCUGCACGAGGCUUGAAUCCACCUAGAACCCUCAUGGAGCAUGAUGUGGAGAGCCCAGCCAUCAGGAAGCCCAAGUUGCCCAAGCAGGCCCGAGAGGACCUGCCUAAACAGCUGGCAGAAAUAGACCGAGCGAAGAAGAUCCAGCGGUACGUUCAGAAAGACGGCAAAUGCAAUGUCCAUCACGGGAAUGUGCGAGAGACAUAUCGCUAUCUGACAGACAUUUUCACCACGCUGGUGGACCUCAAAUGGAGGUUUAAUCUCUUCAUCUUCGUUUUGGUGUACACGGUGACAUGGCUCUUCUUUGGCUUCAUGUGGUGGCUUAUCGCUUACCUCCGGGGUGACCUGGACCAUUUAGCAGAUAACAAGUGGACUCCAUGUGUCAAUAACCUCAACGGGUUUGUAUCAGCUUUUCUGUUCUCCAUUGAGACGGAGACGACCAUUGGUUAUGGAUAUAGGGUCAUCACGGACAAAUGCCCCGAGGGGAUAGUUCUGCUUUUAGUUCAGUCAGUGCUGGGAUCUAUUGUGAAUGCCUUCAUGGUGGGUUGCAUGUUUGUGAAGAUCUCGCAGCCCAAGAAACGAGCUGAGACACUAGUGUUUUCAACCCAUGCGGUCAUCUCGAUGAGAGAUGGACGACUGUGCCUGAUGUUCAGAGUCGGAGACCUCCGAAACUCCCACAUCGUUGAGGCUUCGAUCAGAGCCAAGCUUAUCAAGUCUAAGCAGACCAAGGAGGGGGAGUUCAUCCCUCUGAACCAGACGGACAUGAACGUGGGUUACAAUACAGGAGAUGACAGGCUCUUCCUUGUAUCUCCUCUCAUCAUCUGCCAUGAGAUAAACCAGCACAGCCCCUUCUGGGAGAUCUCGCAGGCUCACCUGGCCAAGGAAGAGCUGGAAAUCGUUGUCAUCUUGGAGGGGAUGGUGGAGGCCACAGGUAUGACGUGCCAGGCCAGGAGCUCCUACGUUAGCAGUGAGAUCAAAUGGGGCUACCGCUUCACACCCGUCCUGACGCUGGAAGACGGCUUCUAUGAGGUGGACUACAACAGCUUCCAUGAAAUCUACGAAACCGACACACCCACCUGUAGUGCCAAAGAACUCGCUGACAUGGCGAACCGGGCCCGCUUGCCCCUGACGUGGUCGCUGGCCAGUAAGCUGAGUCAGCAGGGGCUCCCAGAGUCUGAGCAGGAGGGCCAGGAGACAAAAACCAACACAGACGAUGAGGGAAAGAGCCAGCAAACCGAGAGGAACGGGGACGUUGCCAACUUAGAGAGUGAGUCCAAAGUGUAGCAAGUACUGUAUGAUAGGCAGCGAGCUCACAGGUUUAUAUGAGAUUACUGGACUAUACUGUAGGCCGCUCGCAAGGGAUGGCCACACAAUGAGGACCAAUGAACACAGUAGACCAGGUAACCCUUCACUAAGACUUCUCAGUGAUUCACACCUACCCCUAAAAGCAACAAAAGAUGUAGACAUGUGGCCCACCGCUGGACUGAAAACCAUGUGCGGAAAGUGCAUGUUUCAAAUAUAAUGUGAUGUCCUCCUGAUGAGAUUCCUAUUAUUUUUUCUAUUAAAAUAUUCUUAGGGGCAUUUGCAUAAGUAUUUUUGUAUAUAAUAUAAGCAGUUUUGAAUUCUUUGUUUUGUUGCGGUGUGAAUAUUUGACCUAUGUUUGAUACUAAUACCUUUAGGUUAGUUCUGUAUAUAUUCUCUGCCUUACUGUGUGUAUAAAGCUUUCAUUAUUUGUUUUUUCAAAAAUAUAUCCAAGCAUGUAUAAACAUUAUCUGCCGGUAAUUAAUCUUGUAUGGUGUAUAUACUGUAUAACAAUAAUGUUAUAAGGAAAACGUACAUCUCAAUGGAUGCAAACUCUAGUUUAAACCAAUGAUAUUUUUCCCCUUAUAAUAACUGUUUGUUUUAAAGUAUUACUACAUGAAGCCAUGACUUGCUGUUUACAGCUGACUGACUUCAGACAAUGGCCCUUUAAAACUGCAUUUUGUCACUUUUGCACACUGGAAGCCUCUGGUCUGGUGGCGAAUGUUAGAAAUCCCUCACAUGUCACCUAACAGCUUCAACAAUAAAUAAACACUAAGUUGCUUAUUAUGCACCUGC